UCUUAAAAGAAAAAAAAAAAAACCAAAGCAAAAACCCAAAUCCACCACCACCAUUCACAAGCCCAGGGGUAUUCUCAGCCCUAAAGGGAGGGGGCCCUCCUUGACACCUCUAGAGACUACAUUUGGGAGGAGAGAACCAGUGAAAUAGGUUAUUGCUUUCUAUCAUGCUGUCCUCUUUGGGCAUAGGAUUGCUUGGGGGUGGGAGGGUGUCUUCCUUCCAGUUACCAGCUCCAAAUCCUAGGAAUCAGUGCUGAAUUAUAGAUCUAGAAUUGGAAAGAAUUUAAGAACUCCUCAGUUCCACCCUUCACACUUUAUUGAUAAGGAAAGGGAGGCCCUAAGGUUAGUAGGUUAAGUAAUUUGCCCAAGGUCACAGGUGUUAAGUGAUGGAGCCAAGAUUAAAACCCUGGUUCUGUGAUUCAAAAUCCAUUGCUCUGGACUGUAAUGCAAAAAUCCGGCACUGUUCUACGUUCCUUUAACUUAGCCUUUUUAUAAGGUUAGCUUCAUUGCUUUGGUUUGGUUUUGGUUUUAUUUCAUGAGGAGAGACCCAGGGUCCUACCAGUUACUAUGACUUUGGUUAAGUCAUUUAACUAUUCUGGGCCUCGAUUUCUUAAUUUGUAAAGUGAAAUGGUUGGACUAGAUAAUCCUUAAGAUACCUUAUCUCUCUAAAUUUCUGUGAGAAUUCAGCAAAAGUCUAGGACAGGGAGUUACUAAAGUGGCAUGGCUCCAGGCUUUCUGUGGCCAUCAUGGCAAAGCAGAAGUCACUCAGGGAAUGAGAUGUGUGUAUGUUGGUGGAAAGGGUUACACUUGGGAAUCUGUAUAAUUUUCUCCUCCCCACUCCAUACCACCGCCUUUAGGAAGAGUUGAAAUGGCUUAAGAUUUUCAGCCUCUGGAGGAAUAUUCUUAAACAAGGUGGAAGACCCAGGGUUCAGUAAAUUGUGGAAGGAGAAGGGAGCUGGGGGUGAGGGACAAGACCUAGUAGAGGUUCUCUGGAUUUAAGCUACCCUCCCUCCCCCAACCCUCAAUGUGUCCAGCUGUGUUGCCGCCUGCUGUGCUAUGAGCAGUCAGAACGUCUUCUCCACGAGAGUUUGCAAAUGAAAAUGGAGGAAAUGUCUUUGUCUGGCCUGGAUAACAGCAAGCUGGAGGCCAUCGCUCAUGAGAUUUAUACAGACCUGGUGGAAGAUGCUUGUCUGGGACUCUGCUUUGAGGUGCACCGAGCUGUUAAGUGUGGCUACUUCUUCUUGGAUGACACAGACCCUGACAGCAUGAAGGACUUUGAGAUUGUAGACCAGCCUGGAGUGGAUAUCUUUGGGCAAGUGUACAAUCAGUGGAAGAACAAGGAAUGUGUUUGCCCCAACUGCAGCCGCAGCAUCGCUGCCUCCCGAUUUGCUCCCCACCUGGAGAAGUGUCUGGGCAUGGGCCGGAAUAGCAGUCGCAUUGCCAACCGUCGGAUCGCCAGUAGCAACAACAUGAACAAGUCUGAGAGUGACCAGGAAGACAAUGAUGAUAUCAAUGACAACGACUGGUUCUAUGGCUCGGAGAAGAAAGCAAAGAAGAGAAAAUCAGACAAGAACCCCAACUCCCCUCGAAGGUCCAAGUCAUUAAAACACAAAAAUGGGGAACUUAGCAGCAAUUCAGAUCCUUUUAAGUAUAACAACUCUUCUGGAAUCAACUAUGAAACCCUAGGUCCUGAGGAGCUUCGAACCCUGCUUACCACACAGUGUGGGGUGAUCUCUGAACAUACAAAGAAGAUGUGCACUAGGUCCCUUCGCUGCCCCCAGCACACAGAUGAGCAGAGACGGGCUGUGCGUGUUUAUUUCCUGGGCCCCUCAGCCCCUUUGCCUGAGGCAGAGGGCUCUGUGGAGAACGACGGCUUUGAUGUGGCUGAGAGCCAGGCCCUGAUGAGCAGGCUACAGUGGGAUGGCUCCUCUGAUCUCUCACCCUCUGACUCUGCUUCUUCUAAGACGAGCACUAAUAACUCCGAAUCAAGGAAGACCAAGAAAAAGAAACCCCACCUGAGUCUGGUGGGGGCAGCUCCAGGCCUCAGCUCCAACAAGAAGAAGAAGCCAAAGCCCCCUGCUCCCCCCACACCAAGCAUCUAUGAUGACAUCAACUGACCAGAGGCUGGAGGGUGUUCCCUUAUCUGGGCCGGUCUCUUCCCCCUACCCCCCAAUUCUGGUUGACAGGUGGCAGCCUUCAUCAAAGGCCAGGGAUUUGGGGUUGUGAAGUAUGGAGAGAGUCAUGCCAGCUUUGGCCCUGGUUUGAACCACAGCGUGAUGGCAGGACCCUAUUGACUGUGCACGACCCUCAGGCGUGCAGGACUCAGACCUGGACAUACUCUGCCUUGAACAAGUUUUUUGGGGGAGAGUGUUUUUCUAUUUAUUCUGUGAUUUCCUGGAUGUCCAGCUGGGAUUGAGAGGAGAGGGGGCCAGACUUGGAUACCAUGCUAGGGUGCAUACACUGCCUGCCUUUCACCCCAGGGAUUGAAUGAAAUCCCAUGGAAGGCGCAUUGUGGCUCUCCAGGGGGUUGUGCAGUGGGAACUGAGCCCCAAAGAGCCCUGUCUGCCUUUCGCAAUGUGAAUGGGUCUGGUGCUUGUGGCUGAGGGUUGCUCUGCUGCCUGUUUUCCGAGUCCUGUCCAGUGACCCCUCUUCCUGGAGUGGGUGGGUAGGCACAGAGUAUUUCCUUCUUGGGGCAGUUCGGACUGGUUCCCCUCUCCACCUUUCUCCUCAGUAUUUUAGGGCCACCCAGGCCAUGGGAGCUGCCCCUCUGUGGAGAGCCAAGAGGGGCUGCAAGAAACCUCUGGCUUCAGGGAAUGGGAAGGGAGAGGGGAAGAAGGGAAACUGCUUAUCAGAACUUUCCUUUUCCCUCUUCCCUAAACCCCAGAACCCUGGGAGGACAGGGCCCCAAAGUGAGUGGGAACGGUGCUGCUUUAUUUGAAAUGUUUUCUUACCUCAUCCCCUGCCCUGGGAAAGGGCCCAGCCUCGCCCUCAGGGGGCCCCACGUUCCCCUGCUUCCCCUUUUGUCCUCAUAGGACUCCCCAGCUCCUUAUCUGCUGCUUGCUGCCCUCUUUCACUCCUAUGUGCUUUAGUUCAUCUCUUGCCUUUCCUUCUUAGCUUUUUUUCCCCCCAAGUUAUUUAUUCUGGACUUGUAGUCUGACACUCUGAGGAGAGUCCUGAUAUUAUAUAGUGGGUGUGAAGAGUGCCCAUAGGCUUGUACCACAGGAGAAAGAGAUGUGGUGUUAGACCAGAUAUUGCUCAUUACAUCCUGCAAAGUUGGGAUGAAAGUAUUCCCUUCUCUUUCCAUCCUACCAUCUAGAUCUGCCAGGGCUGGGGAUUUGGAAUGCUUAUUGGUUUUGAAAGUUGGUGGGAAAACUAGACUUGAGAUGGACAAUGUCCUGAGUAACCUUACUGGGGGAGGGCAUAUAUCUUUCCUUUCCUCCCAGGAUGGGGGAAUCCAUCGCUGAUCUGGCCUACUAGAUACUAGCAUUAGUACUCAGGACUGGAUUAACAGAUCUGGGUGGGUCCUGGAUAGCUAGCAGAAGUAACAGAUUGGGGAUUCCACACCCUGCCCCCCAAUUCCUACCUACCAUCUCCAACUCCCUGGCUGGGCCUGGUUACUGAUUGGUUUUUAACCCAAGAAUUUUGUUUUUUAAAGGAAGAAAUAAAGCCAAACCUUAGUGUGAGUUGAGCAGAGGCUGGGCCCAGGGCAAUUCUUGUCCCUUAUUUUCCAUAUCCCUCCCGCUUUAUAGGAGGGAACCCAGUGCCCCUUAGCCCUUCCAAACCAUGUCUUGGAAGCAGGUUGGUAUUGGAGAGGAAAGGGCAAACUGUUGGGUUUGCUGGGGGGCGCACAUGGAACCCUCACCUUCUGAGAGAUAGUUGUAGCUCCCAGGGCCCAGUGAUGCUCCUUUUACUAUAUGAGGCCCAGGUGGUUCCUACCUUCCCCUUACUGUCUGAAGAGAGCUAGAAGUAGUUUUGGGAGAUUUCCCAAUGUUAACUUGCCCAACUUCAAUUCACCUCUCAGGGCACAGCCCCACUCCCUGCUGGGCUAUAUGAGAUGAGCCUGGCCUAGCUGGGAUCUUUAGGGAACAAUUUCUUUCCCUUUGGGGAAAGAGGACUUAUUGCCCUUUAACUGCUGGGUUAGGAGCUUUCCAGGCCUCUCCCUUCCCUUUCUCUAGUAACAGGCUAUGUGGAUUUUGCUUCCCAUCCUUCCCCCAGUUCCCAGCUAGAUGUAUUGUCCAUCUGUAGCCUAUCAUGUGUCUUAAGUAUGUGUGUGGGGGUUCUAUAUCAAUUUUUUUUCUUUUUGUGGCCGGUGGCUUUUCUCCUUCCAUGCAUCACUCCCCCCCCUGCAUGCCCAGGGGCCACCUGCCUGGCAUUAAUGCAUGCUGGGGCCAUUGGGAGGGAGGGGGUGUUGCUGUCCUGUGGUUUUGAAAUUUUAUUUUUGCAUAUGUAAUCCAUCUUGUACAGGUAGCUAACUUUGUAAACGCUGUGUAUUCCCCAUCCCCCAUGGCUGCUGGUGUAAAUAAAUUGCAUUUUCCUAUUGUUAACUA